CGAUAAAUAACUUCUUGACAGAGAAGUAUUGUUUCCUCAAGCCAUUGUUAUAAACCUCGACUCUAGUGAAUAGAAAGAUUCUGUCGAAAUUAAUAUUCAAAUUCACAAAUAAUUUAUUCCAAUAUUGUUGGCGUACAGGCUAUGUAGUAAUCCUUCUUUUCGAACAAGGUUAAGGCAAGUUACCUAUCAAUAUUAUCUGAAGCAGGUAUCAUGUAAACGCGAAUGAUAUAAAUACCUUGCCCGAAAGAGAUGAAGUAUAUUCAUUUCUGAACCAAACAGAAGAGAUAAUCACCUCCUUCAUCAUGUUCGCUAAGGUUGCUUUCGUUGCCCUUUUGGCUGUUGCUUGCGUCAACGCUGGUGUGAUCACCACCCACACUGUAUCCAGCCAUGGAUCAGUCCAAUCGCACCCAACACCUGUUGUUCAUGCCGUUCCAGUUGUGAAAUCAGUUCCAGUUGUUCACACCGUCCCAGUUGUCAGGACCGUACCUGUUGUUCAUGCCGCCCCUGUUGUCCCAGUUGUUCAUGCAGCCCCAGUUGUACCAGUAGUCAGAACCGCUGCCGUUGUCCACAACGUCCACCACUCCCCUGUUCUUGCCAUCCACCAUUGAGUUCCGAAAGUUCGAUAUGCUGUUUUGUAAAUAAUCAUGCACAUAUAGGAUAUUUAAGGCUUCAAAUAUAAAUUUAG